AUGUCGCCAGUUCAACAUGCCGCGACCCACACCAGCUUCAUCGCCGGCAUCCGCAGCAGGGUCGCCAACACGAAGCACUACUCCCACAACGUCCCCGUGCUGCCGCCGGCGGACCCGCCCGGCACGCCGCUGCGCCGGUGGUUCCACGUGGUGCUCAGGACGCGGACCAGCACGCUCACGCUCGCCAUCCGGGCCGACAACCUCUACCUGGAGGGCUUCCGGGGCAGCAACGGCGCAUGGUGGGAGCUCAGCCCCCGCAUCAUCGCGGGCGCCACCCACCUGGGCUUCGGCGGCACCUACCGCGACCUCCUCGGCGACACGGACAAGCUGGCCGGCGUCACGCUCGGCCCGCAGCAGAUGGCCGAGGCCGUGAACGCGCUCGCCGCGCGCACCGCGGCCGACGCCGGCUCCGGGGCCAAGCAGCAGCAGGCGAGGGAGGCCGUGGUGGCGCUGCUGCUCAUGGUGAACGAGGCCGCGCGGUUCCAGACCAUGUCGGGGUUCGUGGCCGGCCUGAUGCACCCGAGGGCGGCGAAGAAUAAAGGGAGCAUCACCGGGGAGAUGAAGGCGCAGGUGAACGGGUGGCAGGACCUCUCCGCGGCGCUGCUGAAGACGGAUAAAUAUGGAGACGCGUCUACUAGCAAGAACUCUAAAGACAAGAAGCCAACGCCGAGAGGCCCGGAAAAAUCAGCUCCUGAAGGCCCGGCAACGUUCCCGGCGUUUGACAAGAUGGGGGUGAAGACGGCGGACCAGGCGGCCGCCACGCUGGGGAUCCUGCUGUUCGUCGCCGUGGAGGGCGGGAUGGCCAAGGACAAGGCGCUGCAGCUGUUUCGUGGGACUCCAAAUUACUAG